AUGUGGGCUGAACGGGCCGCCGCGCGAUAUCCACCAGCAUCGACGUCUACGGCGGUUGACAUACCCGACCCCGUGUCCCAGCAGCCUCCAGUGUCUGACGCCGACCCCAACCACAUCAUACCCCGCACGCCGCCCUCGAGCGCAGCUCUACUCGAUGAGCUCGCGCAGCUCCUCCCCGCUGCCACCGCAGCUGGACAAGACCUAGACCCCGCCCUCGUGCGUCUGCUAUGCCCGCCGUUGAUCCCACAGCCAGCAGCGCAGUAUACGGCCUUCACGGCCUCGCAGACCUCGCUCCGAUACUUCCAGCACUACCUCACGGUUAUCAUGCCAUACCAGUGGCUCUUCGAGCGGCGAGCUCUCGCCGACCUAGUGGCACCACUGGCAUACGCGGACGAGGCCGUGUUCGAAUCGCUAGUCGCUCUGGGAGCAUUGCAUGUCGGUUCGCGGAGGGCGCUCGUCGGCGGGGCAGUAGAUACAGAUACGGCGCAGCAGAGUCUCCAGCGCAGCAUAGCCAGCAUGGCUGCUCUGCCGCCGGAAAGACUGGGGCGACACGAGACGAUCGUCGCUGCCAUGUCCAUCUCCAGCUUCUAUCUCUUCGCGGGGGGCAAUCGGUCUGGCUGGCCUAAUGCCGUGCGGACGUGCCGCGCCUGUCUGAGCGCCGUGCAACACCUCGAUCCGGGCGAGCUGGGACAUCUCCUGUCCCCUCUGGCAUGGACGGAUAUCCUCGCCUCGGUCACAGAGGGCAGGGCAUCGGCGUUCAUCUCGCUCUACAGACGCUUACUCGCCGGCGAUACGGCCACCGACGACCGAUACCUCCGCGAAACGGUCAUGGGGUGCGACUCGACUACCCGCCUGGCUAUCGCGGAGACGGUCGCACUGUCAGAAUGGAAGGAUCAGCAGAGCGCUGCCGGCUGCCUCUCAGUGCGCGAACUCCUGCAUCGGUCAUCGGCUAUUGAACGGCUCCUCUCAGAGCGGGAAGCGAGGGAACAUUUCGACGACCCCGCCCGGCGCCUCGUCGCUGAUGUGUUCUAUCACGGUUCCCGGGUGCUCCUCGCCACUGUCGUGGACGGGUGCUAUCCAUACACCGCGGAAUUAGCAUCUGCAGUAGCGGACGUGCUCCUAUCUCUCUCUGCGCUCGACGCCGCCGGUGUCGCGGCCGACCGCGCGCUCGUCUUCCCCAUCACGAUCUCAGGCUGCCAUGCGCAAGAGCCGCAGCGUGCCGCGUUUGCAGCGCGUUUCCACCGGAACAGGCUAGGUCCCGACGCCGACUUUGGGAACACGCGCAACGCCCUUCGACUCAUGCAUGCGGUGUGGGCACGUCGGGACGCCGCCCCGCCAGGAGAGGAGGUGCACUGGCGCCGAAUCAUGCACGAGUUGGACCCGGCUGGGCUUUUCCUGAUUUGA